AUGCCUAUUCCGUUGAAGGUACAGCUAUUGGAAAGCACAGAAAUGAAAAAUGAAACAUACAUAACUGAAUUCAUUCUUCUUGGAUUUGGAGAUCACCAGGUACUGCAAAUUCCACUUUUCCUGUUGUUUCUCCUCAUCUACAUUGUGACCAUGGCUGGGAAUAUUCUCAUUAUUCUGCUUGUUGCCACUGAUCGACACCUUCACACACCCAUGUACUUUUUACUUGGGAACCUCUCCUGCUUGGAGACCUGCUGCAGUACAAAUAUCUUGCCAAGGAUGUUAUCCAGUUUUCUUACAGGCACGAAGACAAUUUCAUUCAGCGCAUGUUUUGUGCAACAUUAUUUCUUUGGUUCUUUGGGAUCUGUGGAAUGCUACCUCUUAUCUGUAAUGUCCUAUGACCGGUACUUAGCUAUAUGCAAGCCACUGCAUUACAUCACCAUGAUGAAUGGCAAGUUGUGUCUCAAAUUGAUAGCCUGCUCUUGGUUUAGUGGUUUUCUGGCAAAUACUGUGACACUAAUUAUCAUGUCCAAGUUAGUUUUUUGUCAUAAUAAUAACAUUGACCAUUUCUUUUGUGACACCUUUCCAAUCAUAGAGCUAUUUUGUGGUGAUACUCAUACAUUAAAACUGUUUCUAUAUGUUUUAUGCUCUGUAUUCACCUUUCCACCAUCCAUAUUGACCUUAACCUCAUACACUUUAAUCAUUGCAGCCAUAAUGAAAAUCCCUUCCACUAUGGGGAAACAAAAGGCAUUUUCCACUUGUUCCUCUCAUCUCUUGGUAGUUACCAUUUUUUAUGGUACACUGAUGACUGUUUAUGUGGUACCAAAUACCAAUAAAUUGAACGGCCUUCACAAAGUCUUCUCCAUCUUUUAUACCAUCCUGACACCCAUGCUGAAUCCCAUCAUAUAUAGUCUGAGAAAUAAAGAGGUGAAAGAUGCAUUGAGAAGACUUAGCUCUUACCUGAUUGUUCAAACUUGA